AUGAGCGACUCUACUAAUAAAAUCGAUCCAUAUGCUGUGCUAAGUCGUCAAUUCAAAGAUCUUACUGGAUCUGUCAAAAAAUUGAAAGAAAAUCAUGAUGAAUUCAAAUCAUCUGUUGAAGGUGGAACUGUACAACAAAUAACUCAAGAAGUGAAAACUGUGAAUCUUGUUAUUGAAUCACAUUCGGAUAAGCAACAAUGA